AUGGAAAACAAUUCCUAUAUAACCACUUUCUUGCUCACUGGAUAUGGAGACUUGGAAUACUUGAGGAAUAUUUACUUUACUGCCACUCUAUUUGCUUACCUUAUAAUACAAUUAGUAAAUGCAAUUAUCAUAUUUGUUAUUGUUUGUGACAGAAGCCUUCAUGAACCCAUGUACAUAUUUAUUUGUAGCUUAACUAUUAAUGGCCUUUAUGGUAGCAAUGCUUUUUAUAUGAAAUUUAUGGAGAAUCUCUUAUCAAGCAAUCCAUCAAUUUCAAGGACAGGAUGUUUGCUUCAAAUAUUUGCCAUUCAUACGUAUGGAUCUUUUGAAUUUUCAAUUUUGGCACUAAUGGCCUAUGACAGAUAUGUGUCCAUCUGUAACCCUCUCCUGUACAACAAUAUAAUGAAACCAUCAAAAGUAACUAGCCUAUUAUGCUUUGCAUACCUUUACCCUAUUUGCAUUUUUACUAUUCAUAUUUGUUUAACAGUCCGCCUUCCAUUAUGUGGAUAUCUGAUAGAUAAAGUGUACUGUGAUAACUGGUCUGUUGUCAAGUUAUCUUGUGUGGACAUAUCUGUUAAUAAUUUUUUUGGCUUUUUUGUUGCAACAAUUCUCAUGGUGCCACCAGUGAUGCUUACUCUGUAUUCAUAUGUUAAAAUAGUAUCUGUAAGUAUUAAGGCUUCAAAGGAGGCACGCAGUAAAGCAGCAAAAACUUGUCUGCCCCAUUUGAUAACAUUUGUAAACUAUAGUGUUGCUACAUUUUUUGAAAUCAUACAUCAGCGGUUUGAUGCUAGAGCUCUUCCUCAUGACUUAAGAGUAUUUAUGUCAAUAGACUUUGUAUUAUUUCCUCCUCUUUUAAAUCCAGUUAUUUAUGGGAUUAAAACAAAAAAGAUAAGGAAAAGUGCCAUAAAAAUGUUCAGGUUUAGAAACAUCAAGAAUAGUUUAGGAGCUGCCAGCAUACACAAUUCUUAA